GAAUUUCAAUUUAACCUCCCGAGCUUAAUAUCUCCGGUUUUCGGCUUCUCAAAGCCCCUCACUUCCAAUCAAUCCCACUUAUCCCUUGUUCUCUCUCUCUCUCGCUACGCGUUGAAACCCUUGCCCCAAACCUAACCCUAACCCUACUAACUAGGUCACCAACUCGAAUCAUCAUGAAGGGAGCAAAACCGAGGUCUGAGCCGAAGAAAGCUGAUGCUAAGCUCUCCGUGAAUAAGAAACGCGGUGCUUCCACGAAAGCGGUAGGUGCAUCGACUAAGAAGGGAAAGGCAGCGAAGGACCCUAACAAGCCUAAGAGGCCUGCCAGUGCCUUCUUCGUUUUCAUGGAAGAAUUCAGGAAGCAGUUCAAUAAAGAUCACCCUGACAACAAAUCAGUCUCUGCUGUUGGUAAAGCUGCUGGAGCAAAAUGGAAGUCUCUGUCUGAGGCCGAGAAAGCACCAUAUGUAGCAAAGGCCGACAAAAGGAAGGCCGACUAUGAGAAGAACAUGAAAGCCUAUAAUAAGAAACAGGCUGAAGGUGCCAAUGCAGCAGAGGAAGAGGUAGAGUCCGAGAAGUCAAUGUCUGAGGUGAAUGAUGAUGAGGAAGGAGAAGAAGAGGGCAGUGAUGAGGAAGAGGACGACGAGUAGAUGGAAUGUGAAGUAUAGGAUAAUCAUUCAAGCUGUCAAAAUGUUUGGUCAUCUCAUGCUAAUGGUUCAACGAUCUUAUGUCUGGACUUUUGUUCUCUUUUCUGAGGAUAUAUAUCCAUCCUUCCCUGUCAAUUUGUUUUGCCCUUUCAGAAAAAAGUGGGUAGUGAUAGCUUGGAAGAUGUCCUCUAUUGUACUUUUAUUUGAAUUCUAAUGAUUAGCAAAGGUGUUUGAUCUA